AUUUAUCGAUACAUUCGCUUAUUUCACAACUAUAACUAGCCUAGUAUCUUAGAUACUGUAUUUGCAUUGUAACGUAUUGUAGCACUUGCAGUCAAUACAAAUAAUACAUGUAUGUACCUUACACAUUUUGCUGCUUUCGAUAAUGCCAUUUGUGUUACAAUGUAUCUAUUUUGAGCGAAGGGGCACACGAAUUACGGUUUAACUUAGUCAGUAAUGUAUUGUGUGUGUGCAUGAUCACGUGUUUAAAUCGACCGCCUUCAAGACUAGUUCAAACGCGUAUCUAUCCACGGAGACAACCUUAUUCAAAUUCACCAGUCACUGCAGCAGUUUUUCUUUGACUGACCGAGCGAGACAGCAUUCCACUUGAAACCUCUUGUGGACAAAGCUAUUCUCCUGCUAUGGGUAGUUUCUGCCACCUAAGAAGUCGGUGUCUCCUCAGCCAGUUCGGCCUACCAUUUGUCAUGCAUCGACAAUACAGCCUCGACAUUUCUGCUCAGCUUCUCCGAACGCAGGGCUAUGUGAACGGGCAAUGGAUCAAUGCUCCCUCUACCUUCCCAGUGCUGGACCCAGCGACGGGUGAAGAGAUUGCGAACGUCGCAGACUGCGGUCCAGCAGAAGCUAAACUAGCUGUCGACGCAGCCUAUAAGGCAUUCUACUCCUGGAAACAUCACACAGUGAAAGAAAGAAGUGUCCUUCUACGGAAAUGGUAUGAUCUGUUGACGUUGAACAAGAAGGACCUUGCUAAGCUGAUCACCUUUGAGUGUGGCAAGCCCAUGAAGGAGUCCCUGGGGGAGAUUGCUUACGCUGCUGGCUUCCUGGAAUGGUUCUCUGAGGAGGCGCGCCGUGUCUACGGGGAUGUUGUGCCCUCAGCUGCCAAGGACCGUAAGAUCCUUCUGCUCAAACAGCCUGUGGGCGUGGCCUCAAUCAUCACUCCGUGGAACUUCCCCAGUGCUAUGAUCACCAGGAAAGUGGGUGCUGCCCUGGCCGCGGGCUGCACCGUCGUGGUGAAACCUGCCGAGGACACACCCCUCUCUGCCCUGGCGCUCGCUGAGCUGGCGAGUCAGGCCGGGAUCCCAGCGGGGGUGUUUAACGUGGUGCCCUGCUCCAGAGAGAAGACCCCCUCCGUUGGGACAGUCCUCUGCACAGACCCCCUGGUGGGGAAGGUCUCCUUCACUGGGUCCACUGCCACUGGAAAGAUUCUCUUGAAGCACGCCGCCGACACCGUCAAGAGGGUUUCAAUGGAGCUGGGUGGCCAUGCCCCCUUCAUUGUGUUUGACAGUGCAGAUGUGGACAAGGCUGUGACGGGAGCCAUGAACUCCAAGUUCAGGAACUCGGGACAGACAUGUGUCUGCUCCAACCGCUUCCUGGUCCAGAGUAGGAUCCACGAUCACUUCAUAGAGAAGUUGGGGAAAGCCAUGGACGCAGAGCUCCGUCUGGGCCAUGGCUCUGACCCAAACACCACCCAGGGACCCCUCAUCAACGUCCGUGCCUCUGAGAAGGUGGAGCACCAGGUAAUGGAUGCAGUGUCGCGGGGGGCCAAGGUGCUAAGGGGGGGGAAGCGUCUGGAUGGCUCGUUCCAUCAGCCCACUCUGCUGGCUGAUGUCACCACAGACAUGCUGUGUACCAGAGAGGAAACCUUCGGUCCUCUCCUGCCUGUCAUCAGGUCAGUGGAGCUAGGAGAGAUCAGACAACUGAAGACUGGAUGGAUGCUAAAUUGGGAGCUAACUCAAGGGUACUUAUUUUCCCAGGACGUCAGUCAGAUCUGGCGGGUGGCGGAGAAUCUGGAGGUAGGCAUGGUGGGGGUCAACGAGGGUCUCCUCUCCACCCCAGAGGCCUCCUUCGGCGGGGUCAAACAAUCGGGCCUGGGCCGUGAGGGCUCCAAGUACGGCAUCGAGGAGUACCUGGACGUCAAGUACAUGUGCUUUGGAGGGCUAACCCUCUGAGGGUCCACUGCACCCCUGCCCCCCAAGUAGGAAGCGGUGACUUUGGGAAAAGGGAGGAAUCUUAGGCUCUAGUAACAGUUACUUACUCAUAUUUCACAUAAAAAACUACAAUGGAUUACAAUAAUCAAAUAUGAUUCCUUCACAAAUGAUUGUGAUUCUGAUCCUCUGCAUAUGUUGUCAUUGAGAGCCUUCAUCUCUCAGAUACAGGGAAAGAAAUAUUAACAAACAUAUGUUAAUGCAGUACAACUUAACUGGGAGUCCUGCAGGCUGGUAUGGAGUAUAGGAAAACCUUUCAUAGUAUUGAAAAUGCCAUUGGUGGUUGCACUAUUAUCGCUAACGCCAUGGUUCAUAGAUACAGUUGAAGUCGGAAGUUUACAUACACUUAGGUUGGAGUCAUUAAAAAUAGUUUUUCAACCACUCCACACAUUCCUUGUUAACAAACUAUAGUU